AUGACCGGCUUAUUGAAACUAUUAGGAGCCCUAGAAUGUUUACCUCUCGACCAAAUUGAAAGCCUACCCGUCCACCAAGUCAAAGAGUUAAGCCAGCAAUUAUUUAAGGGAACUAAAAAGUUAGCCGAGAUUGAAUUUAAACCGGGUCGCGAAUAUUUAACUCACAAGAAAAGGGAAGAAAGAGCCAAAUUAAAAAUGUCUACAACCACCCCUUUAAAAGUUGUAGACAAUUCGUCCGAGGUUGUAGACAGGCCAAAAGUUGUAGACCAACCCCCAAUGUCUACAACCGCAAGCCUACCCGAAAAUAAAAUGUCUACAACCGCAAGCAAAUUAUGCCGAGAAAAAAUAAAAGACACUUUAAGCAUCCGUUUACCUAACCGUUAUGCUUGUAAUACCUUAAACAAAUCAGCACCGACCAAGCCCCUAUUAUUCCUUGCUCGGAGCCUAGAAACUAGUGGAGGUGAUUGUCGUUUGGUUUCUGGGCUUCCAGGAGGGAAUAAAAAAACCUCCAACCUUAAACAAGGAGAUAAAAACCAUUGGCCAAGGAGAAUUACCCGUGCUUGGGCAAGAUUUAGCAGGCUUAGUAUAGCCUUGAUUUUUGCUGGAAUUCAAACAGGAGAAGAAUAA